AUGACUAGCAGCACUAGAAGCGAGGAGACAACCACGCUUCCUCUUCCGACAGCUUCAGAACCUGAGAGCACAGCUACAACCACCUCAACUUUUCCGGAGACCUCCACAACUCCUGUAGAAACCCCAACCCCAACAGAGAGGACAACAAGAACUAGUACCACUGGAGCUGAAGUGACAACCACACUUUCCCUCCCUGAAACUUCACAACCUGAAAGCACAACUGCAGCCACCUCAACUGCUCCAGAAACAACCACAGUUCUGCAAGAGACCACUUCCCCAGCUGAGACUACACCAAUAAUUAGUACUUCUACAGUAGAAGGGACAAGCACCCUUCCUCUUCUUAACACUUCACAAUCUGAAACCACUCCUGCAGCCACCUCUACCAUAGGAAUAACCUCCACCUCUCCUCUAGAGACGACUUCUGCACCUCCAACUACAGCAAUGACUAGUAGCAGUAGAAGUGAAGAGACAACCACGCUUCCCCUUCUUACAACUUCAGAACCUGAGAGCACAGCUACAGCCACCUCAACUUUUCCGGAGACCUCCACAACUCCUGUAGAAACCACAACCCCAACAGAGAGGACAACAAGAACUAGUACCACUGGAGCUGAAGUGACAACCACACUUUCCCUUCCUUCAACUUCACAACCUGAAAGCACAACUGCAGCCACCUCAACUGCUCCAGAAACAACCACAGUUCUGCAAGACACCACUUCCCCAGCUGAGACUACACCAAUAAUUAGUACUUCUACAGUAGAAGGGACAAGCACCCUUUCCCUACUUAGCACUUCACAAUCUGAAACCACUCCUGCAAACACCUCUACCAUAGCAAUAACCUCCACCUCUUCUCUAGAGACGACUUCUGCACCUCAAACUACAGCAAUGACUAGUAGCAGUAGAAGUGAAGAGACAACCACGCUUCCCCUUCUUACAACUUCAGAACCUGAGAGCACAGCUACAGCCACCUCAACUUUUCUGGAGACCUCCACAACUCCUGUAGAAACCACAACCCCAACAGAGAGGACAACAAGAACUAGUACCACUGGAGCUGAAGUGACAACCACACUUUCCCUUCCUUCAACUUCACAACCUGAAAGCACAACUGCAGCCACCUCAACUGCUCCAGAAACAACCACAGUUCUGCAAGACACCACUUCCCCAGCUCAGACUACACCAAUAAUUAGUACUUCUACAAAACAACUUCUGCACCUCAAACUACAGCAAUGA